AUGCGGGGGCGGUAUCUUACCUUUCGCCGUUUAUCCGCAGAAGAAGAAAAGGUUUCCGCCUUUCACCGGAAGUAAAUUAGCUCAACUUUGCGAGAAUCGACUUGUUUCCACGUUUCUCGACGAGGCGAAGCGGACUGAGCUUUUGUUCCCCCCUCCUCCACGGUGGAAGCAUUCCACGUUCGGGAGCGGCUGGUCGGAGGAGGCAAGAGAGUCCGCAGCUGCCUCUUUGACAGGUGCACGGGGAACGACGCAAGCUCCGCUCAUGUUUACGGAUGCUGGAAAAGGCAAACAUGAAGAAGACCCAGGAAAGAGGUGACAAGAAAAGGCCCGGCCAUGGAGGAGAGAAGAGGAGGAAGACGGCGGAAGACGGGUGGAAGGCUCCGGGCGAUCGAGGGAAAAAGCGUCUGGACGCGGAGAGCGUGGGUUACUUCCGUCGAAUUGGGGAGAGGCUGAAGGAAGACUUUGAAGACGCUGAGGCGAGAGCGAUGUUUGUGGAAAACACUUUGCGCGAAGUCCAAGGCAAAGCGGCGGUGGUGGCGACGGAUUGCACGGGCAGUAUCGCUCUGCAGCGCCUCCUCCCGCUGUGCAGUCCCGCCCAGGUGGCGGAGGUGCUGUCUGAGCUGGGCGGCGAAUCGGGGGCAGAGUUCAAGGCCGUUUCCUUCGACCAAUGCGGCGGCCAUGUCGUGGAGAGCGCCGUCAGACAGGUGUCCAGGUCCGCAGAGCCCUCUGCCACCGCCGAGGAGGAGGAGGAUGGCGACGACAGUGUCCUGGAAGUCCAGGUGUUGUCUUUGAGUGGAGUAGUAAGAGCCAACAUCUCGGAGUUCAUCAACCAUGGUCACGGCUCCUACGUGCUCCGCACACUCCUGCAUGUGCUGGCCGGCUGUGUGGGACCUCCCCGCACCGAACCACGUCCAGGAACAAAAGAGCGCAACGCCCCGCCUCAGCUGACAGACUUUGAGAUCCCGACAUCGUUUUGGUACGAGCUGAAGAGCCUCACAGAGAGUCUAAUGGACAAUGUAAAAGUAAGCAUCUCUGGCUCUGUUGCCAGCGCCGUGUUCCAGACCAUGUUGACCGUGUGCCACAGGAAACGACCCAAACUCUGCAAGCAGCUCCUGAGGCGCCUGGCCGGGUACCUGACGAGUUGCUCCGCCGCUCCCGGUGUCAGUCCCCUUCUGGUUUUUCUCAAAGACCAAGCCGCCAGUCGCCUCAUGGAGACCGUCCUUCAGCUGUCGCCCAAGUCCCUCCUCCGGGACCUGUACAAGAACCACCUCAAGGGUCAGCUGGUCGACCUGGCCCUCCAUCCAAUCGGUAACUUCCCGAUACAGAGGCUGACUGCCGUCACGGCCAAAACCAAACUGUUUGUCAGCUUGUUCGACGAGCUGCUCCAAGGUGUGGAGGCCAUCUUGGCGUCAGGUCACAUGGGUGUGAUCGUGCAACUGGCGGAAAGUUGCGCAGAAAGUGGAGAAAGACAGGAAGAAUUCAUGCAGUGUCUACUCAAUGCAUUCCACUGUGCAGAGCCCGGCUCCCGGCAUGUCCACUGCCUCCCUCUCUUCAUGUCCCUUCUCACCUAUGAAGUGUACUACCACUCUGACACAGCAGAGGGCGGUGCACAGACCCAGGUCCCGCUGUCCUCCAUGUGUUACCAUGGCUCCCGGCUGGUGCAGGCGCUGGCCAGGUUCAAGGAGCGCUCCCACCUCCUGGUUAGUCUCCGCGCGCUGACCCCGGAGGACCUCCUGACCAUGGCGUGUGACCCGUCUGGCAGCCACGUCCUCCAAGCUCUCGUCACCACAUCCAGCGACAAGGGGCGGGGGAAGAUCCUCAGGAGGCUGGAGGGUUUGUACGUGCGGAUGGCGAGCUCCAGGCUGGGCAGUCGAUUGCUGGAGGCCAUAUGGAGCAAUGCCUCAGUCAGUCACAGGCAAAAUAUCGCACAAGAGCUUGCGCCGGCUGAAAUCCAGCUGAGGUCGGACCAAUUUGCUCGCCACGUUUGGGGGAAAUUCGCACUCUCACACUUUGUUCACCGGCGAGCCGUCUGGCAGGAAAUCCAAAGCGGCGAGUCCAAGAAGCGCAAGCUUUUCAAUGAUAUUCUGGAGUAGAACUCGAACGCCUUUCAGUACAUUUCAUUACAUUUGAUGACCUCUGUGUACAUUCCAUAACAUUGUAUCGAUAUCAUCGGGAUUUAUCUUCCUAUGUUAGACGGAACAAACACCAGUAAUAAAAGCAGGAAUAAAACUCAGACUUACUAAA